CCAUACCACCAUUCAUUAUCCCCAAGUAAACAUUCACCCUAGAUUAUUGUCAAGUGUGUUGUUUACAUUACUAAUUGGCAGCUCUGUUAUCGGUCAACUACCUAGUGAGGACGUUUUGAUAAGUAACCAGUCAGGGGUUGCCAGGUGUGCAUAAUUACAACACUUUAAAGUGUGUUUUGUAAAAAAAGUUUGUUGAGCACUUUCAAGUAAAUCUUAGGGGCUUGCUUAGAAAACAUUGUGGUAGAAGUUAUUUUACAUUAUAUGUGUACUUUCCUAUUUACAACUUUUACUUGUACUUGCCUUAUUUUCUUCAUCCACAUGAUCCCUCGUACAUUCAAAUCAAAUUUUUGUAAAAUUACACCAUCAAACCACAACACGGACUAAUAACAAAGAUUAAAAGAUCCACUUGGCAACCCUUGCACUCACUGACCUUCUCCCUGCAGUAUAACUAGGGGGAAGUGUAUUCUCAACAUUUUAUUCUGUGUGUGCAACACAUUGAAGCAGCCAUGUACAUUGGAACUGCAAUUCUGAUCAUUGGAUUUGCGGCUCUUAUUGCCGCUGUUUGUUUGUUGUUAGUUGGCCUGGUGUACUUUCAGCUGAUGAAUUCAAAUAUUCCUCCUGGAGUUGCAAGUCCUGCAAAACUGCAUGUGGUUCAUUGCAUGUUUGUAGGAAUUGCAGUAGUGGGCAGAAUUCUGGAGCGACUGGGGCUAUACGAUCAAGUGAAUUUCGGACGAAGGUUUAGGGCUCAUAUCUUGACUAAAAAAAGGCCGGUUCCCCCUGGGCUUUGUAUUAAGGACAUGACCUUCAAUGGAGUUCCAGUGAGAGUGUAUGAGCCCACAGCAACCUCAGGGGAGAAAAAGAGGGGCUUGGUGUUUUUUCAUGGUGGAGGAUGGGUAUUUGGCAGCAUUGAUGAUUAUGAUGUGGUGUGUCGACACAUUUCAAAGGAAAGCGACACUGUAGUUGUGUCUGUUGGCUACAGACUGGCACCUGAGCACAGGUACCCUGCCCACCUUGAUGACUGUGAGGUCGCGACUCGCCAUUUCCUGUCAAAAGCGACAGCUGAUUUCGGGGUGGACCCACACAGGGUGGCAGUUGGUGGGGACAGCGCAGGGGCGAACCUGGCAGCCGCACUUUGCCAGAGGCUGGCGAAGACACAAGAUGGUAAUUUGCCAUCUCCCUGUGCCCAGGUUCUAAUCUACCCAGCGCUGCAGAUGGCAGAUUUCAACCUGCCCUCAUACCAGCAGAACCACUCCGUGCCCAUAUUGUUCAGAGGCAGAGUGGUAUUCUUUUUCUUGCAGUACUUAAACGGGGAUAUGUCAGUGGGCCAGGAUCUUUUGGAUGGAACGCAUGUUCCUGCCGAGCUAAAACUGCACUUUAAGAAAUGGCUAGAUCCGGCUAAUCUUCCACCUCAGUUUAGGAAAGGAGUAAAGGGUCAACAGGUUAUCUCAGGCCAUAAUGGUGAGGUAUAUCAUUUAAUCAAGCAAGGCCUUGAUCCCGAGAUCUCUCCUUUACUAGCCGAGGACGACGUUCUUCGAAUCUCGUCGCCCACCUUCGUCCUGACCUGCGAGUUUGAUGUGCUCAGGGACGAUGGCAUUCUGUUCCAAAAGCGACUGAAAGAUUUAGGAGUGGAUGUCACAUGGACGCAUAUAUCUGAUGGCUUCCAUGGUAUCAUGAGCUUCUUCGAUGUUGGCUGGCUGACGUUUCAAUCCUCUCAAAAGGUCAUGGACAGCAUUGUAAGCUACAUAAAGACAUUGUGAAGUUACAAUAUGAUCUUUGUGUGGACUUGUGAUGAGCAGUAGAUAAUAGAAAUUAACAAAAUUAUACUUAAUCUGUUGUUUUACCAGAAUCGUGUUGGAAAUACUGUAUCCUGUGACUACAUUGAAAGCAGUCAAAUUAGAUGUUUCUUUCAGACGAGGAAUAAUUUUGAAUGUAAUUGCUUAAGGUGUUGUAUUAAAGUGGUUUUACAUGUAAAAACAAUGCUUAAUUUGUCCAUUGAAUCAUGAAUGAUAUUCUUGAUUGUGACACGUACUUAAAAUUCCUCCCACAU